CAAGAUUAGCUGCAUAGAUUAUUACAGUCAUACAUGUGACUGUUGGUGGGUUCCUUCAUUUGAAGUGCCUACAAAAUUGUUGCUGCUUAAUGGCAGUUUGAAUAGACAGAAGAAAGCAGAGCUCCGGAUCUGGUCAUCUGAAACCUGCUGUACGACCAAAAGGCCAAUUUUAUUCUCAGUGAAGAAACAAAAUAAGCAAGACUGGGUCAUCCAUAUCCUAACAAUCCUCCCAUAUAGCUACUGGGGACUUGGGAAGUUCAUUUGGACGAAAGAACAGAUCACAAAUACUAUUUUAACACAAUCACAAAAGAGAAGGCUUGGAAACCACCAAGGCUCUUCUCUGGAAUGCAGAACGUGAAGGAUGGAUCCACAGCUCACGCGAAAGCAAAUAUCCAGACAUCAGCCGCCGCUGAACAUCUUCCCUCAAACCAGUUCAGCCCUGCUACUGUUCAGCGGAGGAUAAAGAGUGGAGCUGCUAACUGUGACCGCCUCAGCCAAACAAAGUCAAUGGUUCUGACUGACUCCAACCCAAUUAAGUUACCGAUAUCCCGCCACAGGCGAAAUCAUUCGCAGCACAACCUUUCAGACAUUACUGGAAUGGUAGAUCAAUCGUGUUUACAGCCACUGGAGAAAAAUGGCUUCCUGAACAAAGCAAAGAUCACAGAGGGAGGCAAAAAAUUGAGGAAAAACUGGACCAGUUCUUGGGUUUGCCUCGAGGGAGACAAAAUUGAAUUCUACAAAGAAAGCAAACAACAAACUUUAGCCAGUUCGAAAAUAGGCUAUAAGCCAGAAAAUGCGGACCUAUGUGGUGCUCAGAUUGAUUGGGCGAAAGACAAAUCCAGCAGAAAGAAUGUGCUUCAGCUAACAACAAUCUCAGGGAAUGAAUUUCUCCUCCAUUCUGAUGAUGACAGUAUACAUGACUGGUACCAGGCCAUCAGAUAUGCCAUUGAUAAACUGUCAAAGAAGGGCGUCUCAACAGCAGCGCACAGUAUCUGGAAAAGUUCAAGCAGUGAAGAAGUGAACAGGUGUGAGGGAGGGAGCAACAGCAAGCCUAAUCCAAAAGAAGCAAAAUCAGAGCACAGAAAAUCAUUAAUACUGCGGCUGAACCAUGGCUCAUCUGACACCUCUGAGAAGAAGAGAGUUAAGAGCAGACUAAAAAAAUUUAUAUCAAGACGACCUUCAUUGAAAACUUUACAAGAGAAAGGUUUGAUUAAAGAUCGAGUAUUUGGCUGCCACCUGGCUACACUGUGCAAGAUCGAGGGAACCACUGUUCCAAACUUUGUGAAACUUUGCAUCGAGGCUGUGGAAAAAAGAGGAUUGGAUGCUGAUGGCAUUUACAGAGUGAGCGGCAAUCUGGCUACGAUACAGAAAUUACGAUUUGUAGUGGACCAUGAAGAGAAGCUGAAUUUGGAUGACAGCCAGUGGGAGGACAUCCACGUCGUCACCGGAGCACUAAAGAUGUUUUUCAGAGAGCUGCCUGAGCCACUUUUUCCAUUCGGCUUUUUUGAUCAAUUUGUAGACGCCAUAAAAAAUCAGGAUUACAGUCAACGUGUUCAGUGUGUUGCAAGACUGGUGAAGAAACUUCCUAAACCUAACCACGAUACCUUGAGAGUUCUCAUUACGCAUUUGCAAAAGAUAAUAGCAAAAGCACUGGUGAAUUUGAUGUCAUCGCAGAGUUUAGGCAUCGUAUUUGGACCAACUCUUAUGUGGCCCGAAAGGGAAACUUCAAAUAUGGCAGUGAACAUGAUGUACCAGAACCAGAUAAUUGAUCUGAUACUUUCCGAGCAUGCUGAAAUCUUCAACCCCUAGGAGAUGUGAACAGGCCUUGCCUCCAGUGGUUAAUGUUAUUUUCAGAAGAUCUGAUGUUUGUGACUAUUUAGUUAAGUUGUGGUUCUGCUGCUCGCAUAAGGUCAUCACCAUUUUCUUUGCUUAUUUUUUUUGUUAUCUCCCUCACCGUUUCAUUUAUGAGAAUCUAUAUGGACAAGGUUUGCCUGGGACUGGGCUAUUAUUAUUCCUUUUAAAAAAAAAUCACUGAUUAAUAGAUGUAUAAUUUUAAACUUUUAAGUGCAAUCUAUUUGGACAAAAGUGCCACCACUUUUCUGAAAUCUUAAAUAUUCUGCCAAUAUUGAUCAACCUGAUUGUAGUCAAACUCAGAACUGCACAAUUAUUUGAACAAACGAUUGAAGACAAAAAAAAAAUAAUUUUAUUAUUGAUAUCUGGUAAAUCAAAGGAAAUGCUUUUAAAAGUUAUAUUUUUAAAGGAAUGGUCUGGAGAAUCUCUCAUAUCACUUAGGAAAAUUUCAGAAGAGAAGUUAAGGAGCAUCUCUUCUUAUACAAGAUGCGAAAGACUAUCCCAUAGAUGGUUCACACGGUUAAUUGAGCUUGAUUUGUUUUACCUUGUGAGGAAUAUAAUAGCAUUUGGACUUGGUAGACUCUGAUAUGGAUCAGUUAUGAUUGAAUGGCAGAAUAGACAGAAGAAGUUGAAAGACCCACUCCUGUUCCUGUAUUCUCCUCCUCCCAUGACUACCAAGUCCCAGCUUUUGAUUUUUCUCUGCAUUCAUUCCAUCCAAUGCCCCUCCCUUGCUUCCCAGGUAAUAGGAUUCGAUUUCUUGCUUCUGGUUUCUCCAACUUCCCUACCCAUCUGAGCACCACACCAAAAUCAUCCUACACGCUUCAUCAGGUGAUCUAUUUCAUGAAAAUAAGACCCAAUAAUAAGGGUUUUUUUGUUACGCUCUUUUGAUGGAUUUGGGUGUUGUUGGCCAAAUCAGCAUUUACUAGCAAACAUAAUUUUCCUUGAACUGUGUAGCUUGCUGGGUCACUUCCUUGGGCAGACAAGGUGCAGACUGCGAUUUCUGGUCUUGUAUGCUGAUAUACUUUGCGCCAUGACAGGAUUUUGUUUGACUAAUAUACUCCACAAGGCUGAAUAGGCCAUCAAAAUUCACUGCCUAAUGUGAAGAAUUAUCAAUGAAGUAUUAGAGGGUGGCAGGCAAUGAUGAUCAAAGUGGCCUUGUGUUGAUUUUGUAAUAACUUUCUAAUAAAACUAUUAUAUUUACCCACAUAUUAAUCACCUUUUUUCUUUAAACCCAGAUUCAAAGAUACAAUUUCAAGUUUGAUUCCUGGUUAAUUCCAUAACUUACCUGGUAGAUAGCUUUACUCUUUGAGCAAUGAAGCUAGCCUGACAAACAGAAAAGCUAUUACACGUUAGCUUUAAGAUCAGGUUUCUCUACAUGCUAUUUUGCUUUUCGCCUUUGCCAGGUUCCCUUUUCACUUCCGCUGACUGUCACAUUCAGCUAUUAGGAGGUUUGCCUCCUGCCAGACAGUUUGUUUUAUGUCAGACAAAAUCCUGGCUUUUUUUUCCCCUCACUGAGGUGAGAAGCUUCUACCCACCUACCAAUUUGGCUUUGAACUGAUAACACUGAUCACACAUGGUUGGUGGACCCAAAGGUGUGAGCCAGAUAGAUCUGAAGCACAGCCUAUGCUAAUGUUCUCAUCAAAAACCACUUCCAGUAGGGUGUGAACUAAGCGUUGUCUUAACAUCCAGUUCUCAUGCAUGAAUCACUUCCAACUGAUUAUUGAUUGAGUUAACAAAAAGCUCAAUGAGCUUUGCACAACAAUUUAAAGGGCAUUGCUGGCAGAAAUUUGCAGCUGGCAAGGCCAGAUUUCUCAUAAGCUUAUAAGAGAAAUACAACUCAUUGAAGCAGCAGUAAACAGAUUUGAUCUCCAAAGUUUGGAUACGGAGAGGUGAUGAAUGUAGGUAGGUGCCUUCCUACAAGAGACAGAAAAUUAAAGCCAACAUUAGCUAUUGACUCCUGUUUGAGUCUCCAAGCUGUCAACACAGUGGCAGCUGAGAAAUAACCUCAAUGUACAAUCCCCAAAUGCUUGCUCCCUCACUUACUAAGAAAGCAUAUUGAGACUUGGUUAGCUCUGCAAGUACUGAUAACAAUUUAUAUGUUAUUUUUGUAUUCAUAAAGAUUAAACAUACAAAAGAUAUUGUAUAAUACUCUCAAAAUGUAUGUCGACUUUGACGUCAGCAAAAUCUAAGAAGUUAUUGCAAUAUCAACACUGGGCAAGUUUAAUGAUCGCAGACUUCAAUCUUUCUGAAUUAGAUCUAUUUUUGAAUCCUGGUCGGCCCAGGAGCAUGAGCUCAAAAUCAUCAAAUAGACUUGACAAUACGUGAUAAUAUUCACCAUGGGCACAGAAGGGAAACAGCAUUAUUUGUGUUGUGAAGUUACUGCUUUUACCUUGGGAAAAAAAUCAGUGUUGGAAAUUGAAGAGAAAAAAUGUCCUCCAAGUAUGUAAUACAUUGAUUCUUAACAAACCAAAAUGCACAGAUAAACCAUUUUCAACUGGUUGUUUGCUGUGUUAAGAUGUGAACACUUGAGGACAAGGUUUAAUGAGAGUCCAGGUCUAUGUCUAAAUCAUUCUUCAGCAUUGAAUAUGUGGGCAAACUGACUGGAGAAAACAUUUGUUUUCUGAUCAAUUAUUAUUGUACAAUUCAAAAGGGGAAAUUAUUGUAAGAGGAAAGGAUGCUGCAUUCUAGACUUAAUUUAUAUUACUAGAUUGUGCCUGUUGAAGUUCAAUCUUAUUUGAAUUUCAACACCAAUGGGAACAAAAUACAUGUUCUUGAGUGACCAAAAUAUACCUUAUCAGUUUUAGGUGAUUUUGGACUUUUUAUAACAAUCUUAAAUAAAAUUGGUUUCCCAAAAUCUGCUGUCUUUCUUACAACAAUUUUGUAUUCUUGAAUUGUAAACGAAAGUGUACAGCAACCUAACUGGUUUUGCUAGACAAAGCUUUGCCAUUUUUUCCAGCAUGUUAACUGUUUUGAAAUUAAAAAUAAAAUCAGAACUGCU